AUGGACUCCUCGCGACGGGGUGAUGGGGCGAGACAGAGCUCUCUUCCAAGCAGCUUGCACUCUCACCUAUUUUCUGGGCCGCAAAGGAGCAGUACGACGGCCGCGGUCACCCCGCAGGGGAUCACGCCGGGCAGGGAACUUGAGGGCGAUCAGGAAGCGGCUUGGGACAGUCCGUACGCACAUCAUCGCAAUCCGUCUCUGCGUCCUCCAUCCUCCGUGUCCGGGGCUCUGACCCCCGCUACUUUCGGCGAGAGCAGCGGUAGCCCGCGCAGUCGGCCCCUUACCUCGUCCCCGGAGUCCGUGGGCACUCAGGGGAGUGGCCGCGCUCGGCGGCAGCCCAUGACGACCCUACCGCCCCUCCCAUCGCAGGCCCCUACGGAUUGGGCUGGCUCGGACCCCAGGAACUACGUUACGCCCUAUACCUGGCCGCCCCCGCUGCCCCCUGGGCAUUAUCAGAUUCCGCCGCGGCCGAUCAUCGAGGGCGCAGGGGAGCCAGGGCCGUCUAGGCGGUCGCCGAUUCCGCCAGGCGCAGGGGAGCCAGGGCCGACGACACAGCGACAUCGGUCGAGGACGCAGAGCUUUGCCACAGGGCGACGGAGGGGAAGUCGCGAUGCGGCGUUGCGCGGCCACACUCGCUAUGCCACCCUUCCGCCAGCGCUGUCUACUGCGUCUCGCAGCGCCUCGGAUUUGCAUGAGAGGCACCUGCCGCCGUUGCUCGCCCGACGCCCAGGCCCCAGGACAGGUGAUUCUCAAGGGGGGACUAGGGAAUGGUCUCAGAACGAUGAGGAGCUACCACCGCUGUAUAUGACUAUAGACCCGGGAUAUGUUCCCCUCCGACCGCCGAGAGACUUUAGAGACGAUGGGCAACCAGUUGCUCGCUUGCCGGCACAUUUUCCGCGUCGACAGCCGCCAGCUAGGCACUCGGUUGAAAUCGGACGAUCUGAGGAACACUACACAACUUCGCCCAUACCGUUACCGACUGUCGCAACAGAUCAGCCGCCAGGUUAUGAAGGCGCCGGACGGGGAAGAAGCAGACGAGAGUUGCACUUCCUGCUUGGCAGACCACAGCCACACUGGCCAGAGGGCGCUGAUAUCCCAGGCGGCAUCCAAGGAAGGCAGACUCUAGAGCAGACACGGCAGGAACCUCACCUCAGCCCGCGACUCGGUCCCCCCGAUCCUGAGUCCUCUGGAUGGUUGACGGGCACGCGCCCGACGGUUGGCGACCCGCCUCUGGUGCCGUUCGCUGAGCUCAAUCCCCCGUGGUAUGCGCAGGCACAGCCGUGGGGGGCACCGCAGCCUGACAGCCACCCCGCUGUUCCCGCUGUGCAGCUGGUCAACACGCAAUAUACCUACAAUCCUCGAGCUUUGGCGUCCCAAGACACCCUUCCGCCUUACACACGGGAACCUUGGCUAAUCCCUGGCGCACCUGUACCCAUUCCGCCAUUUUCUGGUGUUAGGCGUGAGCCUCCCUCGCCGGGAGCAUCCGGCGAUGACGGGACUGAAAGCAGCUGCGUGUACGUCGACCACAAGAAAACGCGGGGGCCAGGCAGGAAGAAGCUUGCAGAAAAGGGAUUGCUGCCGCUGCCAGGAAAAGUGGUGGGUCCACUAGCUAAGAAGGCGCCGAGAGAAAAGCCGGGCGAACAAGCCGAAAGGAGACACAGCGAACCUCCCCCGCCGUACACGCCGGAUUCUGGCCAGCCAUCGGUGGCACACACCGCGCAUCCAGCGGGCAAUGUGGCAGCCCCAGCCAGACGCGUAGCAGAACCAGCGCAUCUUACACCCGGUCGUCGAAUGGGCGUGCAAAUAGCAAGCCCAGCGCACCAUACAGCGAGCCCAGCGCAUUUUAUAGCAAGCCCAGCGCACCAUACAGCCAGCCCGGCGCACCAUACAGCCAGCCCAGCACAUCAUACAGCGGGCCCGGCGCACCGUACAGCCAGCCCAGCGCACUAUGCAGCGGAACCAGCUGGAGUGCAAACAGGGCAGCCAGUGGGACAAACAGCGCCUGCAGCGGACCAAUCAGUGCCACAGGGAUCUGUACUACGACCACCAUCUCCUCCACCGAUUCCCCCGUCAUCGCUCCUGGCCCCCGACGCGUACGGGUUCACGCCAGAAGACAUCGAGCCGCUGCCGUUUCCGCCUGCGUACGCCAACUCGUGGGAGGCCGUUCUGGCUGCUGGACACGGCCAGGAAUGGCAAAGGCAACGGAGGGCGAUCUUCUCGACGCAUCCGUACGGGCCGUUCAUCUCGGGGCACGCGACGGACGAAGACGAGCAGGCGGGGACGAGCACGAUGAAUCUGGACUCGGCGAAGACGGCGGCAGGCCGCGGGCGUAAACUAUAG